CGCAUAGAUUCAGGGCUUGGUCCGUGCAGGAGACGUUGGACUUUCAAAUUUAAAAAAAGUUAUAAAAGAUAAGAAAAAGAAAAGAAGGCGCGCACUUAAAAAAGAACGGCUUAUUGGUGCGACCACGAACAAACAAAGGCUAUCGUGUGAUUCGUGUCCUCAUCAUCGUCCUCUUCUUUCUCCCAACUUUUCUUCUUUUUGAACUCCAGCUUAUGGUGCCAAACCUAGCUACUGUACUUCAUAAUUGGUCAGAAAACCCUAGUCGUAUUUCAGAUUUCGAAUCACAGCCGACAGUAGAAGUUCCAAGUAUUGGUAAGUUCGAGGAUCAGGACUCGGAUUGAGAGAAGAAAUGGAUUUAAGUGGAAAAGGUAGUCUCAUAGAGCCACUCCUGCAACCUUCAGAGAACGCGACUAUUAAUAUAGCUCAGUCUGCUCAGAUUGAUGGUUUCAAAACCAGAAAGAUCGUGCUGAAAAUUGGGGGCAUGUCUUGUGCUUCAUGUGCAGUUUCAAUAGAAUCAGUACUGGGAGCCAAGGAAGGCGUUGAAAACAUCAUGGUUUCGCCACUUCAAGGACAAGCCGUAAUUGAAUAUAAGCCUGAAAUUGUCAAUGCUAAAAUGAUCAAGGAAGUCAUAGAAGAUAUGGGCUACCAUGUUUAUGAAUUUCAAGAUCAGAAUAUUUCAGUAUGUUGCCUUCGAAUUAAGGGAAUGGCAUGCACCAGCUGCUCUGAAUCUGUUGAACGAUCUUUGCUUGUUGUUGAUGGAGUCAAAAAAGCUGUUGUUGGGCUUGCACUUGAAGAGGCAAAGGUUCACUUUGAUCCCGACCUAACCAAUCCAGAUCGCUUAAUAGAAGCCAUUGAAGAUGCUGGUUUUGGGGCAACUCUCAUUAGCUCCGGGAAUGACGCGAACAAACUGUAUCUUAAAGUUGAAGGCAUUCAUUUGGAAAAUAAUUCUGUCCUGGUUCAAUCAUCGCUUGAAGCUGCUAAAGGUGUAAAUCAUGUAGAAUUGGAUGCACUAAAACAGAAAGUAACUGUUACAUAUGAUCCAGAUCUUACAGGUCCAAGAUCAAUUAUGCAGUGCAUUGAAGAUGCCGGCCACAGCCCUGGUUUAUUUCGUGUAAGCUUAUAUUCUCCUCCAAAACCUCGAGAAAUGGAGCGACAACAUCAGGUUCGAGUCUCUAGGAACCAGUUUCUUUGGAGUUGUCUGUUCUCUUUUCCUGUAUUUGUAUUCUCUAUGGUGCUUCCUAUGCUUCCUCCUUAUGGGGAUUGGUUAAAUAGAAAGAUACUCAAUAAUCUAACCAUCGGAAUGCUGCUGAGAUGGUUCUUUUGUUCUCCUGUGCAGUUUGUAAUUGGGUGGAGGUUCUACCUUGGAUCUUAUCAUGCAUUGAGACAAGGUUCCUCUAACAUGGAUGUUCUGGUAGCGAUGGGAACAAAUACUGCUUACUUUUACUCUGUAUAUGUUGUGUUAAAAUCACUAACAUCGAAAUCAUUUGAAGGACAAGAAUUUUUUGAAACUAGCACAAUGUUAAUAUCUUUCAUUCUUCUGGGUAAAUAUUUGGAGGUAAUUGCAAAAGGGAAAACCUCAGCAGCCUUGGCAAAUCUUGCAGACCUUGCUCCUGCAACAGCUUCUUUGGUAAUCUUUGAUGGAGGAGAUAAUGCCAUUGCAGAGACUGAGAUUAGUACUCAAUUACUUCAUAGAAAUGAUGUGAUUAAGAUCAUUCCUGGAGCUAAAGUACCAGUUGAUGGAAUUGUCAUUAGUGGUCAGAGUUAUGUGAAUGAGAGCAUGAUGACCGGAGAGGCAAGGCCUAUUGUUAAAGGUGUUGGAGACAAGGUUAUUGGUGGAACUGUGAAUGGGAAUGGAUGCAUACUAGUAAAGGCCACUCAUGUGGGAUCGGAGACUGCUUUGUGUCAAAUGGUUCAGCUAGUGGAAGCGGCACAACUCUCAAAGGCACCUGUCCAGAAACUAGCCGACAAAAUUUCUAGAUUUUUCGUUCCUGCGGUUAUUGUGGUGGCAUUACUUGCUUGGCUUGGCUGGUUCAUUCCUGGGGUAGCCCAUCUUUAUCCAAGGACUUGGAUCCCAGACGGAAUGGAUGAGUUUGAGUUGGCUCUACAGUUUGGAAUAUCCGUACUUGUGGUUGCUUGUCCAUGUGCUCUGGGUCUGGCAACUCCAACUGCCGUGAUGGUUGCCACUGGCAAAGGUGCUUCUCAAGGUGUCCUGAUAAAGGGUGGAAGUGCUCUGGAGAAAGCACAUAAGGUGAAAGCUAUUUUAUUUGAUAAGACAGGAACACUGACUGUUGGAAAACCUACAGUGGUUCAAAGCAUGCUCUUUUCGAGCUCAUCUCUACAAGAAGUAUGCGAUUUAGCUGCUGCAGCAGAGGCUAAUAGUGAGCACCCUAUAUCAAAGGCCGUAGUAGAAUAUACCAUGAAGCUCCAUUCAAAAUAUGGUUCUAGCAAUGAACAUGUAAUCGAUGCAAAAGAUUUCAAGGUGCAUCCUGGCGCUGGGGUGGGUGCUAUUAUUUGUGGAAAAGCAGUACUGGUUGGGAACAAAAAGCUUAUGCUUGCUUCCAAUGUUCUAGUUUCUAGAGAGGUGGAUGAGUAUGUAGCGGAGACUGAAAAUUUAGCUAGAACCUGUGUGUUGGUUGCUAUUGAUGGUGAAAUUUCUGGGGCCCUUGCCGUGUCCGAUCCAUUGAAACCUGAGGCAGCUCAAGUGGUAUCUUUCCUUGCCUCAAUGGACAUAAAAAGCAUUAUGAUAACUGGUGACAAUCAGGCUACUGCUACUGCUAUUGCAAGGGAGGUUGGCAUCGAUACUGUGUUUGCUGAGACUGACCCAGUUGGCAAAGCUGAAAGAAUUAAGGACUUCCAGGGGAAAGGAUUGAUUGUUGCGAUGGUGGGUGAUGGAAUCAAUGACUCUCUUGCACUUGCAGCAGCUGAUGUUGGCAUGGCUAUUGGUGCUGGGACUGAUGUUGCAAUUGAAGCAGCUGAUGUUGUUCUGAUGAAAAGCAAUUUAGAGGAUGUUGUCACAGCUAUUGAUCUCUCGGGGAAGACUAUCUCCAGGAUUAGAAUGAACUAUGUUUGGGCACUUGGAUACAAUAUACUAGCCAUGCCUGUUGCUGCCGGCGCCUUAUAUCCAUUCACGGGAAUUCGCCUACCACCUUGGCUUGCAGGGGCAUGCAUGGCGGUCUCCUCAGUCAGUGUUGUCUGCUCCUCUCUCCUGCUGCAGUCCUACAAGAAGCCAUUACGAUUGGAGAACUAUCGGAAUCCUAUGGAAAAUGGAAAUUCAGUAUGAAAUAACAAUAACCGUUUGCAUAACUAGUUUUAAGUUUUUCUUAUGGCUAUUUAUUUCCUUCUCUUUCAAUAUUAGAUUAUUGAACUGCUUGUUCACAAUUGUUCCUUUGUUUGACUACUGGGAAUGUUGCAUUGAUUAAACUGAAGCCUGAAUGAUCAUCAAUGAUAAGUGGAUGUCUCUUUAACUUGGAUAGAUACAAUAUGUAUUCAAAUCAUCUGUAAAUCCUAUUGUUUCAUGAACUUUUGUUGCGGACAUUGUUUUGUCUAGUUCAUCUGUAUCUUGUGUGUUAGAAGUACCCAGUACAAACUUCUUGUAACGGAUUAAGUUUAAUGAAAUAUGGGAAAUG